AAUGUCAAAGUGAGGUCGAAAUCAAAACCUCAACAUGCUGCUGGUGCACGCAACUUUCUACAACCCUAAUUUAGCCCUUAAGCUUCCGACGAAGCCCUCGAGGAAUUUCUAUCGAGCUGUAAAGCGGGAUUUCGUCGUUGAUCUGGGGUCUCCUCCCGAAGAUUUUGACACCCACUCUUGACUCUCACCCCUUUUGACCCUUGUCAUGUUCCCUUUCAAAGUCCUGUUUGCGAUUUCAGAAACUUUGACGUUCGCCGGGUAGGAAGAUGGAGGCGAAGACGAAGCUCCUUUUAGGUCAAGCUUAGUCUUAAGAUUAGCGCCAGGGGUGUGUGUACUUGCAUUGGUAGUGCAGCAGUUGCUGAGGAUUUCGACGCGGGGGGAGCGAAUCUCGUGUCGUGAACUUGGAGUAAUUUUCUGGUGGCGGCGAUGGCGAUGACGAUGGCUGUGUCGAGUUGUGAGUUUCUAGGGGUGGCGAUGAGGCAGAGAGUGGCGGUGAAGGGGAGACAGCAGCUGGCGAAGGGGAGGGACGUCGUGCGCAUGGUCUUGGGUGGUCCGUACGGGAGGGUGAAUGCCAAUGCGAAUUUGAGCUAUGCGGUGCCCAUGAGUGGGCCUGGAGGAGCAGCCACCGAGCCAUCGUUGGUUACGAGGCCGCUUGCGGAGAUUCUGCGCGACUUGAACAAGCGAGUUCCAGACAAGGUGCUGAAGACCAGGAACGAUGAAGGUGUGAUGUUGAAGUACAUCCCGUGGUAUCAUGCCAAUCGGAUGCUCAGCUUCUACGCGCCCGGAUGGAGCGGGGAGGUGCGGAGCAUUGUGUUUGCGUCCGAUAGUUCCACCGUGUCUGUGGUGUAUCGGGUGACGAUUAGGGGCUCCGACGGGGAGGCAUGGCGGGAGUCGUCCGGCACUGCAUCCCUGGCUGAUACGCAAUAUGGUGAUCCAGUCCAGAAGGCCGAGGGGAUGGCGUUCCGUCGUGCUUGCGCACGAUUCGGCCUUGGUUUGUAUCUUUACCACGAAGAUGAAGAUCUUUGACUCUACGGUAGUUUUUGUAUAUAGGACGUUGAGAUGGUCCGACUGGCGGCCGAUUUUCAGUGUAGGGGCACGCUUUCCUUGAAGUGCUAUGGAUCCAGCAAGGGUGGAAAUGGCUUUUGGAGUAGGUUUUUUAAUUUAAUUUUAAAUCAUCAUCAGGGGUCUGUACUUAGAAUGUAAAGUUCAUUGGAGAGCGCAAAUUAUCAAGACCAAGUGCACAUGAUGGUUGACGGAGAUUGUCCAAGCUAGGUUGUGUUCGGUCAAUUGAGUUGGCUGACCUAUUUCCAUUAUCAGUAGGCCUAAUGAAGCUCCUUCUUGCUGCGCCAUUGAGCUACGGAGUGGCAUUCCAAUCUUCUGGACCGUGUGGUAUUUAGUAUUAUCCUGUGGACUUGAUAGCAGGGAUGGAUUCUGCUCUACAGGAAAGCGAGCUUCUAAGCGAUUGCUCUUCUGCUGAAGA